AUGGCUAAAGAGUUCACAGAAACACUUUGGAGAACCAUGGGGGUGCAUGUAGUAAUGUUUGCUUCCCAUGAGACCCCAGAUGCUCAGAUCAAGAUGGCUAUUUUGGAGACAGCACCCCCUGAUGGCAAGAAGGCCUUCUCUGUGUCUUCAGAGCCCACCAAGGAUUGGGUGCUGAAAGGGGAGCAAAUGUUAACAGAUUAUCUUUUGACUGAACCUGGGAAGUUUGGAGCAUUGUCUAUCAAGAUAUGUGAAGAAGAUUUGAAUGACAAGAAGCAAGCAGUGGAAAUAGCCCUGGAUGAUGAAGGAAACCCCCAGGUGCCAGCUUUUACUGGGCAGAAGCUGAAGGCCCAGCAGAGUUUGGCUAGAGCUGUCUUCCAAGCAGCCUAUGCAAAGUUUACCAGGAAGCCAAAGGCCAAGGUUCCCUGGGGCUUGCUUAUCAAGUCCCCUUUGGAGUAUCUGGACUCAACAUCCAUCCCAGAUGGAUUUGUGAUGAAGGAUCCUUCAAAAUGGACCAAGGCUGACCUUAGGUUGCUUUGGAAUCAUUGGCAUUCCCUAGAGAAUGAGGAUAAGGUGAUCACUUCAUUUAUCAAUUGCAAAAAGGAUGACAAGCCUUUGGGAAGGCCCUUUCACCAGAAAACCAGCAGGAAAAAAAGAGUGUGGGUGAGCCCUGAUGAUGACAAUGAAGCUGGGGGGGAGCCCAGUGGAGUGGCUGGGGCAUCAGACUCAGAGGCAGAGUUGGAAACUGGUGGGGUAAGGCCAUCCAAGGUAACUCCAGUUGUCCAGGAGGAUAGGCUUGACUCUGGGGCCUCCUCAUCUCAAAAUACCCCUCAUGACUCCAGUCCUGCUUGGCAUGCCAAUGGGGACCAGAUGAAAUUUUUAAAGACCCUUUCCAUCAUGCCCAGGUACCAGGAUCUCAUUGAUCUUGGAUAUGCCUUACCAGAGACAGCUAACAAACAUAUUGCACAAGAACCUGAUAUGGAACCCAGGGUAGGGUUGCCUGAAUGGGCACCAUGGACUUGGAGUGCCCAGUAUCUGCCCCAAGAGAUCCAUGCCAAUGGGGGUUCCUUCUGGAAGGCACUGGGUCAAUUGCAAUCUCAGAGGUUUACUUCCAGGGUGAAAGGUCUUCCUGUGGUACUUGGAUUUGGUAUGUUGUGGAGGGAGUGUAAGAGGGCACAGGAAGUAGAAGAGGAUGACCCAGAAGUUGCUAAUCUGGGUUUCUUGCUGGACUCUAAGCUUGAUAUCAGCAGAGGCAAAGAUGUUAUGGCUGCAGUGGGGGUGGUAAUUGCAAGGUUGGUGCAAAAUUCUGGUGACUCAGAGGAACAGGGAGGCUCUGGGAAAAAAACUGGUGGAGAUGCAGAGCACUCUGGUGACAGUGGGAGGGGUGGUGAGGAAAAGGAACCAGAGGAUACACCCCAGGAGAAAAGGAAAAGGAAAAGGGGAGGCAGUGGGAAUGUUGAGAGGAAGAAGAAGAAGACAAAGGGGGGUUCAAGGGAAGAUGGGGUUCAGGAGAAAGAGGGCAAGAGACCAAGCAGAUGUCAGCAACCAACCAAGAGAGCUCUGGGACAGGGUUUGUAG